AUGAGCUCAUACUUCUCCUCCCUCACAUCCUCAUCCUCCAUAUCAAAUGUCAUCGGCUCGCGGCUCAACAGCCUCCGCCGCGCCAUCACCCUAGGCGACGAAGCGGACGACCCGGAGAACGAAGACUGCUCGCACAUCUCCAACGCCCUGCGCGCCUACUACAGCGAAAAAGGCCGCCCAUUCCCCGGCUGGCUCCCCCCAGACCCCAAAGCCCCCUCCGCCAACUCCCGCGUCGUCGCAACAGCCCAAGGCCAAGGCCAGGGCCCCGCUGCCGCCCACGGCCGCGGUGGCGGCCUGGGCGAUCUGUGGGGUGACUCGGGCUCGCCUCAACCACCACUUGCGCAGACGGCGAGUCUGCGUCGCGGCCGGAAUGCUGCUGGCGCCCCGCCGCUUACCUCUAGUACCAGUUCGCCUGCUGGCCCGGUGCCAUCGCCUGGUCCUCCGCUUACGCAGUCCCAGUCUAAUUCUCAGCUUCACCCUGCUGGGGCUCGGCCGUUGCCUAGUCAGCGGGCUGGGUCGUAUCAGUCUUCGCAGACGAGGAUGAAUUCUGGGGGCUCGGGUGGAUCUGCGCAGGAUCGGUUGCGUGCGCGCUUGCAGGGAGGCCGGUCUCCUAGUCCUGCUAAUCUUGAUCCGAGUGUUCGGAAGCCUGUUGGUGAGCGACGGUGGUAA